AGAAGAGGCGGAGCCGUUAACCACUUGGCGCAGCGGCGGUCCGUUAGCAGCCCGGGGCCAGCUCCAGCUUAUUUCACCUGUUUUUACAGCAGUGUGUCUGCGUUUGUAAAGUAACGCGGUUUUAACAGCAGCCCAGCAUUUUAUUACCAAACAUUUGCUAGGUAUUUCUCCAAAUUCAACGGCGCGUUUAUCGCCAUUUUGAGCGUUCAAAAGCUCCAGACUUCGCAAGCUUUAAGGAGCGUGUUGCAGCAUGGCGGAGGCAGACCGACCGGGGAAGCUGUUCAUCGGCGGGCUGAACACCGACACCACGGAGAAGGCCCUGGAGCAGUACUUCAGCAAGUACGGCCGGAUCGUGGAAGUACUCUUGAUGAAAGACCGUGAAACAAACAAAUCAAGAGGCUUUGCUUUUGUUACCUUCGAGAACCCUGCUGAUGCCAAGGAUGCAGCACGCGAGAUGAAUGGAAAGUCUCUUGAUGGCAAACCCAUCAAAGUAGAGCAAGCUACAAAGCCUCAGUUUGAGAGCGCUGGCAGGCGCGGACCUCCACCCAUGCACCGCAGUCGGGGUCCACCCAGAGGUCCCCGUGGUUCCAGAGGAGGUAUUAGUGGUAUGAGGGGUCCCCCGUCCAGGGACUACUAUGAGGAUUCAGGAAGUGGAGAUUCCUUCUUCAAAGGAAUGUCAUCCAGAGGUCCCCCGUCAAUGAAACGAGGCCCCCCAGUUCAUAAUGGAGGCCCCCCACCCAAGAGAUCUGCCCCAUCUGGUCCUAUGGGCAGGCCUCCUAUGUCGAGGGACAGAGAUCCCUAUGGUCCUCCACCUCGCAGAGACUCCAUGAUGUCCAGGAGGGAUGAUUAUCCAUCACCAAGAGAUGACCAUUACAACCCUAAAGACAGCUACUCCAGUCGCGAUUAUAACUCCAGAGACUCCAGGGACUAUGGACCGCCACGAGACUACUCUUACAGAGAAUAUUCAAAUUCCAAUUCCCGAGAUGACUAUGGUUCAAUGUCCAGAGGAUACAGUGAUCGUGAUGGCUAUGGAGGCGGUCGGGAACCAAGAGGCUACAUGGACCGUCCAAGUGGCGGCUCAUACCGAGAUUCGUAUGAUGGUUACGGUAACUCACGCAGCGCCCCACCUUCACGGGGCCCCCCACCACCCUAUGGUGGAAGCAGUGGAAGCAGUCGUUAUGAUGACUAUGGCAGCAGCUCCCGGGAUGGCUAUGGCAGUCGUGACAGUUACCCCAGCAGUCGAAGUGACCCGUAUCCACCCAGCCGUGGCGAGCGAAUGGGCAGGCAGGAAAGGGGCCCUGCUCCCCCUGCCGAGAGAGGCUACCCUCCUCGUGACCCGUAUGGCAGCUCAAGCCGUGGAGGUCCACGCGGUGGCCGUGGCGGUGCUCGACCUGAUAGGGGAAUGGCUCGCAGCAGAUAUUGAACUGGACUUGGAAAUCACAAGAAAGGCAAACAAUAGUGUCGGUGCACACUUGACAUGUUUUGGAAGAACUUUUGAAGAGAGGACAAACUAGCCAUGUUUAACCGUAUGAUAGGAAGCUUAGUCUGACUUGUAUCCUGACUUUCCCAGGUUUUUUUUUUUGUGUAUUUUUUUUCUUUUUUUUAUAAAGUAAUCCUUUGCUUAUGUCACAGCAUAGCUACCAAGUGUUAGAUUUUGUACGUUCAGUGAUGUUGGAUUCUGCAAUGCCCUAUAAGUAUGGCUUUCCUACUCUUAAUAAAAGCUUUUAGUUGUACCUUCA